AGUAGCCUGAUGGUAGUCGCUCAAGCUCCAGCAUCUCUUGGAGAACCAGGCAUCCUCUCUUUCUGCCAGAACAUCAGAAACGCGGCCUGGAGAACACCUUGCAGGACGCCAAGCACUGGCACGACAUGGAGCUGCAGAACCUGGGCGCCGUGGUGGGCCGGCUGGAGGCGGAGCUGGGCGAGGUGCGCGCCGAGGCCGAGCAGCAGCAGCAGCAGCGCGCGCACCUGCUGGCGCGCAAGGGCCAGCUGCAGAAGGACGUGGCCUCCUACCACGCCCUGCUGGACAGGGAGGAGAGCUGCUGAUGGAGAAACUUCCUUUUUUCACGAAGAAAAUGCUGCCUUCCUCCCCAGCUGCCCCAUGAAGUCACUUGAGGAGCUCUCCCCUGAGCCUCAGUCCCUGCUGGAUUCCCUAGUUGAUUCAGGUUGGGCUGAAAAGCUUCCUGGAGGUGGAGAGGGUCCUCUGCUUUAAUUUAAGUAGUCUGUAGCCUGAGCAACCUCCCUUGUUCCCCUCUAAUAAACGCUUUGUGUGCAG